AGGCCAGCCCUCCUUUUGGGGGAGGAGCCCCGAGAGCCCGGGGGCGGGGCCGGCGGGCCGUGGCGCUCUGUGCUUCGCGUGGACGGUAGUGGUAGGAGAGCACCGGCUGGCGAGUCUCACGUGGUGGGGUCUCCACCCGGGUAGCCGGGUUUGGUCGUGUUUGACUUCCCGGACCCUUGGGUCCGAGUCCUGCCGAGAUGCCGAAGGUUAAGUCGGGAGCCAAGCGGCGGGAAGAGCGCCGGGAGCUGAAGAGCGCCGGAGGACUCGUGUUCAACAAGGGGAUCGGGCAGCACAUUUUGAAAAAUCCUCUCGUUGUUAACAGCAUCAUUGAGAAGGCUGCCUUAAGACCAACAGAUGUGGUGCUGGAAGUUGGACCUGGAACUGGCAACAUGACUGUAAAGUUGCUAGAAAAGGCAAAAAAGGUCAUCGCCUGUGAACUUGACCCAAGGCUAGUAGCUGAACUUCAUAAAAGAGUUCAGGGCACGCCCUUGGCGAGCAAACUCCAGGUAAUGGUGGGCGAUGUGCUGAAAACAGAACUACCAUUCUUCGAUACGUGCGUGGCCAAUCUGCCUUAUCAGAUCUCGUCUCCCUUUGUCUUCAAGCUGUUGUUGCACCGACCUUUUUUCAGCAAUGACAAUUCCUGCCCCUCCACUCCCCCUAAUGACACGGAAUGGAACUUACCAGAGGGCACUGCAUGCGGUCCAGGUGGCGUUUGUUUGAGGUAUACGAACACGGAUACAUACAGAUGUGCUGUACUUAUGUUUCAACGAGAAUUUGCUCUCCGACUGGUUGCAAAACCUGGAGAUAAGUUGUACUGCAGACUUUCAAUUAAUACACAGCUGUUAGCACGUGUGGAUCACCUAAUGAAAGUGGGAAAGAAUAACUUCAGACCACCACCAAAGGUGGAAUCCAGCGUUGUAAGGAUAGAACCCAAGAAUCCACCACCACCUAUCAAUUUUCAGGAAUGGGACGGUCUAGUAAGGAUCACCUUUGUUAGGAAAAACAAGACACUGUCUGCUGCAUUUAAAUCAAGUGCAGUGCAACAGCUAUUGGAAAAAAACUACAGAAUUCACUGUUCGGUCCAUAACAUUAUAAUACCAGAAGAUUUCAGCAUAGCAGAUAAAAUACAGCAAAUCCUAACCAGCACAGGUUUUAGUGACAAAAGGGCCCGUACCAUGGACAUAGAUGACUUUAUCAGACUUCUACAUGGAUUCAAUGCAGAAGGUAUCCACUUUUCCUAGCUAUUUGGAAAACAGAAUAAUUCAAGGUCAAGAAAAGAAGCAAAUUAUAUAUUUUUAAUAUUUGAGAAGAUGAACUAUGCUAUUGUUCCUCUGGGACAUUAUCUGCAUGAUAAUUUUUAAUACUACUGUUGUCAUCUUUUACUAUUCUGAAUCUUUAAGGUGGUCAGUUCUAAGUUCCCAAGUGUUUUGUUGUUCUUGGUUUGCUUUUAAUAUACAUCAUGAUAUACAACAUAAUCUUCAAGUUUAAGAGCCGCAGAUGCGCACAACUUUACACUAAAAGUUAUUAUUUCUAACAGUUUAUUGUAUGAAGAUGUUAGUUAAUAACCUUUUUUACUGUGUUAUACGAUGAGGCCAUCUUUAGGCAUUAGCUGUCCCUUAAGUAGUAAAAAAAUUAAAAUAUGCUUAACUAAA